AUGAGUAGCAACAAUCUUCAAGCCUUCUCCAACAAACUCAAAACACGAUUCGGGUUUCAAAGGAAUAACAGCAACACGGAAAAGUCGAUCAUCGUUACUGGAUCAACUCCAUCGUCUGUCGACACGACGAGCAAUAACAAUCAAUCAUCAGCGAGCUCUUCCUCUCAACCUGCUCUCAACAAUACUUCUUCUACUGCAUCCGGACAACAGUUAACAUCCAAAUCAUCAUCAUGUUCGAAUUUACAAAAUACAAACGGCAAUUCUUCAGUUCCUCCUCUAAAACCUCCAUUAGAAAUUGUACCCGAAUUUUAUCAAAUCUAUGAUGAACACCAAGAAUCGAUGGAGUUUUAUAAAAAGGCAGAAAAGAAGUUGGUCGAUCUCAAAAAGACUUCUCUCAAAAUGAUUGAAAAGGAACAAGAAGUGGCGUCACUCUUUGUAGAUGGCGCUGGUAGACUCAAAUCGAAUCGAGAAUUGUCAGAUACUUUGAGAAAGUUUGGAAAUAAUUUGAAAUCAACAUCCACCCUCUUGUCACAAGCUAUGACAAAACUCGAUGAUUUUAAGGAAGCCACAGCGACCAUAAGAGAAGACGGAAAGAAUGUUGUCAAAUUUAGAAACAAAUAUGAAUCAGCUAAAAACGAAUAUGAAUCUUUCAAACUUGACACACCUCGUGUGAAUCCUGACAAGGAUGGUUUCUCUUCCAAGCCCAAUGAAAAUGGAGAAUAUGAUCCACAAUAUGUAGAGAGAACUAAAAAAGUUGAAGAGGACUUUAAACAAAUGGCUAAAAAUCUUAACACUGCCUACUCGGAUUAUCACAACGAGUUGGAUUUUCAAAUUGCAAAACGAGAUGGAGAAUAUUUCUCACAACUCAAAUCAUUUAUUUAUGCUUACUAUUGUUAUUUCAGUACUGGAAUGGCACUCUUUGAAAAGUUGGACAAUAUUGUGAAAAAACAAGAAGAGGAAAUUCAUAUCGAAACUUCCAAAUCCAAUGGUACACGUAAUGUGGUUGAAGUUCCAAAACAUGUAUUCCCUCAUAUUACAGCAGAUCGAAAGACCAUCUUUGGAGCACCUUUAGAACAAGUAAUGAUUCAAGAUUAUGACUCGGGAAUUUUACGUCUUCCUCCAUCCAUUCAACAACUCUUUGAUUUGAUCCGAGAGUAUGGUCUCGAUCAAGAAGGUGUCUUUCGAGUGAACUCGGAUGAACAAUACAUGAAAAAACUCAUUUUAGAUAUUGAAAUGGGAAAACCAAUUGAAUAUUUACACAAGUCCUACUUUGUGCCAAGUGUUGCAGGUAUUUUAAAGCUAUUCAUCAGAGAAUUGCAAGAACCUUUAAUGACAUUUGAGGCCUUCUCUGAAAUUAUUCAAUGUCCAGAAAUGCAAAUUCAAAAUGAUCCAACUGUGAAAGAACAACAAAUUGAUAAGCUCAAGCAGUUUAUCAACAAUAAGGUUCCUAUUCAUUUCCAAGUCGUACUCUAUGAAUUAUUAAAGUUGUUGCAUGAAGUUGCACAACAAGAAGAAAAGAACAAGAUGCAUGCCAAUAACCUUGCUUUGAUUUUCAGUAUGAACUUGUUCAGACCAAGACUCGAAAAUGCAGUACAAUUAGCUCAAAAUGUGAAACAUAUGAGUUAUGUGACAUGUCUCCUCAUUGAAAACUUUACUGCACUCUUUGAUAACUCACUCAAGAAAGUUUGUGACACUCAAGUGAAAGAUCCUUAUGAAAGUAUAAGAAAGAGCAUCAGUGAAAAACAUGAAGAAGAGAAUCGAACAGUAGCUUCCAAAAGUGUUGAAGUUACAAUUGUGAAUUUCACCAAUGACGUACACAGAAUUGAUACAGAUGGUGAAGAGGAUGAUGACGAUGACGAUUCUGAAACAUCUUCCAACAUUUCCAUUAAUUCCAACUCAUCUCCUUUAUUAACCUUCUCCGAUUUACCAACUUUACAUAUGAAUGACAUUUCUUCACCCAAGCAACUCCUUGAUAAGAACACCAAGUAUCAACACAAACAUAUCACAUCCGAGGAUAAUAUCAGUCUAAUUCUCAAACCUGCAAAGGAUCAAUCCAAACAACCUGCCUCUCCAAGAAUUCAGAAAUUAAGUAACAAUGUUGAUAAGGAAGAUGAUCACUUUUCAUUAUCCACAGAUAGUGAUCACACCAUUCAAGAAGAUGUUGAAUUUUCAAGCAAUGUCACUCCUACUUUGGUUUCAGAUGCUCGAAUGAAAUCCUUACUCCCUCCUCAAAGAAGGUUGUUAAAACGAGUUGAAAAAAAGAAUAAGGUGGUGGGUGAUCCAACAACAGCUGUGAAAGUGCAAACAAGUGAUGAGUAG